GAAACCUUUUAAAACCGCUACAAAAGUGUUGAUGAUUUCUACCACAUCACUACGUGGCAACUUGCCGAAGAAUUAGAGUGAUGCUGCAGCAGCAGGUGGACGAAGUGAAGCGCCUGUGGGCCAACAAGCGGCAGCUGGCCCACCAGGGCCUGAACCUGGCCAUGGUGGUGCUCACGGCGCUCAUGAUCUGGAAGGGGCUCAUGGCCUACACGCAGAGCGAGUCGCCCGUCGUUGUCGUGCUCAGUGGCAGUAUGGAGCCGGCAUUCCAGCGUGGCGACAUCCUGUACCUGGACAACACGAAACCGCAGCUCGAGAUCGGAGACAUUGUCGUGUACAAAGUCAAGGGUCGAGACAUCCCAAUCGUUCAUCGAGUGCUAGAGCUGCACGAGCGGGCGGAAGACGGAUACCAGGUCUACCUCACCAAGGGCGACAACAACAACGUGGACGAUCGUGGACUAUACGCAUACGGCCAAUCGUGGCUCGAGCGCGAGGACAUCGUGGGCAUCGCCAGAGCAUCGGUCCCGUACGCUGGCAUGCUGACUAUUCUGCUGAACGACUACCCGGUGCUCAAGUACUUAUUGGUAGGAGGGAUGGCCGUGCUGGUUUUGACCCAGAGAGAAUGACACGAGUAAUGAUAGAAGGAAGACAAGACUCAAGACUGGUGAGUCAUGUGCAACAUGAAAUACUCAUUUGGUCGCUGCAACAGCGUUUCAUUUUCGAAAAAAAAGGUGGUGGUGGUGGAGUAAGUGUAAACUCUGAACUCCUUAAACUUAUUGUUGCUCG